AUGGAAGGUUCACAAAGUUUAUUGUUAAAUGAGGAAGCUUUCAAAAUAUGUCCCGAUCCAAAGAAACCAUUGUUUAUAUAUGAAUGGUUACGUUUUCUUGAUAAAGUACUUUCUGCUGCAAAUAAGAAUGAUUUAAAAAGUUGCCAAAAAGAAUUGAUUUCACAAUUAAUAAUAAGAAUUAAUUCUGGUCCUGGACCAUCUACAAGACAUCUAUUAUCAAAAUGUAUAGGAAAAAUUUAUACUAUUGGUGAUAGCAUUGAUUUGUUUAAUACUAUAGCUACUUGUAAUGAUAUUUUAAAAGGAAAAGAGGAAAGUUCACAACAAUUAUCUAUAAAAUUAACAGCAUUAUCUGUAUUAAGUGCAUUAUAUGAAAGUGUUGGAAGAUUAGUUGGUAGAAGUUUUGAAGAAACUUUUACAAUUAUUUCAAAAUGGAUAAAAAGCGCUGAAAGUAUGGUUCGAGCUGAAAUUUUGAAUACUAUAACAAAAAUUAUAUUAGGAUUAGGAAAUGCCUCAACUUCAAUACAUAGAGAUACUUAUAAAUCAUUAGUUAAGCCAUACUUAACUGAUAGAGUGUUAUCUGUCAGGAUUGCUGCUAUAAAUUGUUUACAUGCUUUAGUUAAAGAAUACCCAACAUUAUAUACAAUGGAUAUUGAUGGUGUUGCUACAUUGUUAAUAAAAAGUUUAGAUGUUAGUAAUUAUCAUACUAGAUUAGCUGUUGCUGACGUCUUUGCUACAUUAACUAAACUUGCAAUUAAAAAUACACAAAUAAAUAAUAGUCAAGGACAAAAUAAUGGUAAUGGAAAAUAUUGGACAAUUGAAUCUUCAUUUAAUUUAUUGUCUGAUGUCUUUAUACGUGGUGGAAUUGGUGGUUUUUUAAAAUCAACUGUUUCUAUAACAAAUAUGUCUUCUUACUCUUCUUCAAAAGAAAUUCGUAAUGGAAUAACUCUUGCAUAUAUAAAAAUAAUAAAAACAAUGGGUGGAAGAUGGUUAGAAAAAAAUCAAUCAUUUGUUAUAACACAUCUUUUAUCAGUAGCUUCUAAAAUAGGUCCUAUUGCUUCAUCAGAUAAUCCUAAUCAGAUACAAGAAGCACUUCAUAUGCGUCGUUGUAUUUCUUUCAUUUUCCGUAAAACAUUUGGUCAAAUUAUUUCAGAACAUACUCAAAUUUCAGUUUGUAAAAUAUUUGGUACACUUCUUGGUGAAUUUAUUUCAAGUUACGAGGUUUUAAGUGAAACAAAUACAGAAACUCUUCCAUCUGUUAAACAUAUAUCAUCAUCACAAAUAUGUACUGUAAUUUUAUUAGAAAUAUCUGCUCUAGUUCAACAAAUAGGCUCAUCUGUAGCAAAUCUUUUUACAGAUGCUACUGGUAUUAUGGAACCAGUUUUUGCAUCUUUUCUCCAUCCCAUUCAAUCAACACGUGUAGCUGCAGGGUGGGCUUUACGUUGUAUAGCAUUUGCUGUUCCAUCACUUUUAACACCACUUAUUGACCGUUGUAUUUCAAGAUUAGAACAUAUGAAAACAUUUUCUGUUGCUAUUGAUGGUUAUUCAUGUGCUUUAGCUUCUCUUUUAACAGCAUCAAAAUUGUCACCUUUAGGUAUUCCUUUUUCUAAAUCUCGUCAGGUAUUUCAAUUAGCUGAAGAUUUACUUCGUUCAGCAUCCUCAACAUCAAAUAUAACUCAACAAAAAGUUAAAGCUGCAUGGCUACUUUUGACAUCUCUUAUUUUUUCUGAUCCACUUUUCAUUCGUCCAUACAUCUCAAAGUUAAAAAUAUUUUGGAAAAAUUCUUUUCCAAAAGAUAAAGAGGAAGCUGAAGCAGAAAAUCAAAGAGGUGACGUCAAAACAUGGAUUUUUACUUUAACAUCAAGAUCAGGUGCUUUAGCAUCAUUGAAUGCUUUUUAUGUUAACUGUAAAGAAGAUAUGAAUGAAAGUAUUGAAAAAAAAAUCUAUAAUGCCUUAGAGUCAAGUUUAAUGACAUUAGCACAAGUAGCAUCUUUAUUAAAAUCUCAUGGUACAGCUUUAAGAUCAUAUAUUUUUGAGUUAAAAAUAAGAUUAUAUGAAUUAUUAAUUAAUAUGGAAACAGGCAAAUAUAAUACAUUGAAUCCUACAUUAUUACGUGAAUUAGUUGCUGAUAUUAGUUUAUCAGAUAAUUCUUCCUCCACAACAAUAACUUCUUUAUCAUUAUCAGCAUGUUCAUUGAUGGAAUCUAAUUUUCUUGGUGGGUGGUUAAAGACUACUGAUGAAAGUACCAUUGAAAUGGAAUUACAUCCUAAUCGUUCACAUCUUCAAAUAAUAGAUUCACUAGAAAGUGAUAUUUUUGAAAGUUUAACAUGUAAUACACUUUCACAGGGAUACUGGCCAGAAUUAAUUUCUCCACCUGUAAAAGCAUUAGACCUAUCAAUAAUAGUUUUUUCCCGUCUUUAUCCAACAUUGGCAUCAAAACACAAAAUACAAUUAACAGAACAUUUUAAAGAAGUCAUAAAAUCAUGGCAAAGAUCACCAGCAAGACAAUAUUCAAUACAAUUAAAUGUUCUUACAGCAUUAUUAUUAUCAAUAAAAUGUCUUAGUGAAUGUAGAAAUGGUAAAAUGGAUAAUGAUAAUUUAAGAAAAACAAACUUUGAAUUAGUUUCAAAUUAUAUAAAUCAUGAAAAAAUUCCAUUAAGAUGUUUGGCAAUAGAAUUUCUUUCUAGAAUGGCACAGGUAACAAAAGAUGCACCAUAUGUAGCAGGAAUUGCUCAAUAUUGUUUUGAUAAACUUCAUACAUUAAAAGAUGAAAAAAGUCGUGCCAGUUUUGCUAUUACAAUUGGUGUUCUUCAUAAUUAUGUUGGUUUAUUAGGAUCAAGUCAACAUUUAAAUACAUCUGUUUCUAUUACAUUAGCUCUUGCUCAAGAUCCAUCCUCUCCAACUGUACAAUCAUGGGCUAUUUUUUCUUUAUCACUUAUUGCUAAUACUGGUAGUGGAAUGUUUAAAGGUUAUGUUGAACCAUGUUUAUCUUUAUGCUUAAGAUUAUUACUUAAUGUAUCAUCACAUCAUAUUGAUAUUAUAAGAUCACUUGGUAAAUUAACAUCAAUAUUAAUAACAGCAGUUGGUCCAGAGUUACAGUCAGCUGUUGGAUCAGUUGAAAAUAUUAGGUCAUCUUUCUUAGUUGCUUGUUCAAUGAUGUUUGAAAAUAAUGAUAGUUUUGUGAAGGCUGAAGCUAUAGCUUGCUUACAACAAUUACAUAUAUUUGCUCCAAGAUUUGUUGAAUUAGAUUGGUUGGUAAAAGAAAUUUGCCGUUUAAUGUACUCACCACAUUUAGUUUUAAGAAAAAGUUCAAUUGCUUGUUUAAAACAAUUAUUACAAAGAGAAUCUAUUGAAGUAAAAGAACAUGCUUCAUCUUUAGUACCACAAAGUAUGAUUGAAAGACAUGGAAGUAAAAAUGAAUGUAUAUUACCUGAAACAGGACUUGAAGGUGGUUUAUUUGAAUUAUUAGAUAUUGAAACUGAUCCUGAAAUAGUUUGUAAUAUUAAAGAAAGUAUUAUAUUUCUUGUUCAAGCUACUGGUGGUGAACAUUUAAAUUUUUGGAUGUUAAUGGUUAAAGAUAUUCUUGCUACAUCAACAAAUGAGAUGGCAUCAUUAAAUGGUGAAAAAGAUGAUAAUGAUAAAAAUCAGGAUGAAGAUGAUGAUUCAACUUUUAAUGUAUCUAGUAAACGUUCAGAACCAGGUAAAGAAAAAUUAUUACCACGAUGGCCAGCAAGAGUUUUUGCAUUAGAAGUUGUACAAAAAUUAUUACAACUUUGUGAAACAGAACGUGCACAUUUAGAUCUUGCUUUAGCUAAAGAAUUACAAUUAUCAUCAUCUGGAAAGGCUGAUUAUCUUGUUCUUCAUUUAUCUGAUCUUAUUAGAAUGGCUUUUAUGGGUGCUACCUCUAAUAAUACACAUUUACGUUUAGCUGGUUUAGCAACUUUACAAGAUAUUAUUAAAAGAUUUGCUCAUGUUUCUGAGACAGAAUUUCCUGGUCAUGUAAUUUUAGAACAAUUUCAGGCACAAGUUGGUGCAGCAUUAAGACCAGCUUUUGAACAAGAUACACCUUCUCAUAUAACAGCAGCAGCCUGUGAAGUAUGUUCAACAUGGAUAGGUAGUGGUGUUGUAAGAGAUAUAAAUGAUCUUAAAAGAGUUCACCAUUUAUUGGUAUCAUCAUUAACAAAAUUAAAAAGUACUAGUAAUAAUAUAACACCAUUAUACAAUGAAAGUACUGCUACACUUGAAAAAUUAGCAAUUUUAAAAGCAUGGAGUGAAGUUUAUAUAGUAGCUAUUGAAAAAAAUAAUGAUGAGAAUUCUCUUCUUCAUUUAGUUGAUCCAGAAUUAAACUUUUUAGUUAUUUAUUGGAUGGCAGCAUUAAGAGAUUCUGCUUUAUUAUCUUUACCACCAGAGUAUAGUAAUCAACUUCCAGAUGAUGGUGGUUCAUUUUAUAUAGCAGAAUGUGUUGAUUCAUGUAAAGAUUAUUAUCGUGAUGUCUGGCCAACUAUUCUUCUUGCCUCAAGUAUAUGGUUAUCUAAAACUAAUUUUGAGUUAACAACAGAAUUACCAACAUGUAGAAAUUGGAAAAAUCUUUCAAAAGAAGCACGUUUUGAUAUAAUGAUUGGUAUGUGUUUAGAAGCUUUAUGUUGUAUUAGAAAUGUAAAUGAUAUUGAUAAUCGUGUAAAAUUGUGCCUAAAAUCAAUUCAUUUUAUGAUGAAAAGUGAAUGGUUUCAAGAAAAAUUAAUGAGUGAUAUGGAAAAAUGUAUUGAAAUAGUAAAUGCACUUCAUAGAAUAAUUUUAACAAGAGAUAAUCUUAGUACACAAAAACUUUGUGCUGAAGUUGCUGGUGAUAUUAUUAAAAUAGUUAUUAAAAUUAAACAAACAAAUAAAUUUAAUGAUACAUUAUAUAUUGGUAUGGAAGGAUCUGAUGGAUGUUUUGAUACAAAAAGAUCACUUGCUUUUGCUUUAUUAGAAUUUUGUUUAUGUCUUUUAGUAAGACAAAUUCCACAAAUAAAUACAGCAUUAAUGAAUUCAAAGACAAUGACACCAUUACAUUUUAGAAAAUAUACAAAAUUACCAUAUGAAGGUCAUGAAUUAAUUAAAAUUGCUUUACAAUUACUUUCACAAAUCCCAAAUUUAUGUCAUUAUAGAGGUACAAUUGUUAUAUUACCAUCUAUUCUUUAUAUGAUUCUUGGUGUUAUUAGAGAAUCUGCUAGAAAAGAUAGUGAACAAAUUAUUGGUGAUAUUCCUUUAGGUCAUGUAUCAAUAGUCUCAGCUACAGCUAUUCAAUCACUUCGUAUAUUAUUAUCAAAUCCAUUAAGAGAUGAAGAUAAUAUUAUAAUUGAUGAUAAUGGUAAUAAAAUAUAUAAUAGUAAUGAAGAUGAAAUAUUUCAAGAAUGGUGUACAGAGGUAAGAAGUGCAAUGUUUUCAUUAUCAUUAAUGGAUUCUAAUCCAAAUAUACCGGUAGAUCAAUCAAUAAUAUUAUUAUCAUUAACAGUAAUGAUAACCUCAGUACCAUCAGACUUUAUUUUAGGAUCCCAAUUAUUUGGUAAAAUUUGUAGAAUUUUUAAAACAGUUAUUACAUCAGAAAAUACAAAAGUUAAAUUAACAGCUCUUCAAGGAAUUAUAUCAAUAUUUUCAAAAAAAGAUAUUUCAAAAUCUUAUAUUAAGAUAUUAGGACCACUUGUAACAUUAGAAUUAAAAAAAAUUCUUGAAAAAGGCAAUGCUCUUGAAGUAUUACCAGAAGAUGUUUAUGAGAUGGAUGAAGGUGAUUAUCUAAUCUUACCAGAAUUAUGUAAAAUACUAACAACAAUUCUUUAUAAUAUAUCAUCAGAUGAAAAACAAUUUCAAUUAACGGCUCUUCUUAUACAAGUUUUAGUAUCUUUUGUAAUUCCAUCACCAGAAACAAAAUUUAAAAAUGUUUCUAAAAAUGGUAAACAAUUAAAUGAUUUUUGUCUUAACCAAUUAACAAAUUUAGCAAGAAAUUAUACAGAAAAUUUUAAAAAAUGUAUUUCAGCAAUACCAAUAUUAAAAACAAGAAUAGAAGAUGGUUUAAAACAUCAAGGACUUCGAUCCUCUCAACAGAUACAAAUGGCACAAAUGAUGCAUGGAAGUAGAAAAAGUCAAACAAAACCUUCAAAUUUAGGAACACCAACAAUAAAGUUAGCAACUGAUUUUAAUACUAAAUUUGAAUAA